CACAGCUCGCAGCAGUGGGGGUGUUCUCCAAGUUUUUUUUUUUUUCCUCGUCCUUGCUGCUGAGACAAGGGGGGAUGCUGUUCUCUGUGCUGACUUGGGCUGCAUCCCUUAGUCGUGUGUAGCGGAAAGUGUGCUGCUGCUGCACUCGCUGCCUGGGCUUUAAUCGAGGACAAAAAGCCACUGACGGAUAAGGAUAAGAUAACACUAAUCGCUGGUCCGGCCGCACCAUGAGGGUGGUCCUUCUGCUCUGUAUGCUGACGCUGGGCAGCAGCAAAUACUACCAGCACGUCGACGUCAUGGACAUCAUGAGAAACUACGACGUCAUGAUUGCUGAUUCAGAGGACGACGACGACGACAAUAAUAACAACUAUGACGAUCAAUACGACAACUGUCCCUUGGGCUGCCAUUGCUCGCCCAGAGUGGUACAGUGCUCUGAUCAAGGUCUGAUCAACGUGCCGGCCAAGCUUCCGAGUGACAUCUUGAUGAUCGACCUCCAAAACAACGACAUCACCCAGAUCAAGGAAAAGGACUUCAAAGGCCUGGACAAGCUUUAUGGCCUGUUCCUGAUCAACAACCGGAUCUCAAAGAUCCACCCGGACGCCUUCAAGAACAUGAACCGCCUGCGCCUGCUCUACCUUUCCUACAACUUCCUGACGGAGAUCCCGGCCAAUCUGCCGCCCAACAUCAUCGAGCUGCGCUUCCACGAGAACAAAAUCAACAGGAUCCAGAGGGACGCCUUCAAAGGCCUUAGGAAGCUCCACGUGCUCGAGUUGGGCGCCAACCCGCUGGCCAACAGCGGCAUCGAGCUGGGAGCCUUCAAUGGCCUGGCCACGCUCUACGUGGGGAUGGCCGAGACCAGGCUGACGGCCGUGCCCAAAGACCUACCCUCCUCCAUCACAGAGCUCAACCUGGAAUACAACAAGAUCUUCAAGGUGGAAGUGGAAGACUUCAUCAGAUAUAAAAAUCUGCAGAGACUGAGCCUGAGCUUCAACCAAAUCCGCUUUGUGGAGAACGGCAGUCUGGCCAACAUCCCCAACAUCCGCGAGAUCCAACUGGACAACAACAGUCUGAAAAAGGUCCCGGCGGGGCUCAGCUCCCUGCGCUACCUCCAGGUGAUUUUCCUCCACGCCAACAAAAUCACCAGCGUGGGCGUCAACGAUUUCUGCCCUAUCCGAUUUGGCGAGAAAAAGACCUUGUACAGCGGCAUCAGCCUGUUUGCCAACCCCGUCAAGUACUGGGACAUCCACCCCGCCACCUUCCGAUGCGUCGGCGGACGGCAGGGCGUUCAGCUCGGAAACUUCCGCAAGUGAUGGACAGCGACCUUAGCGACCGUCCGCCAAACUGGGGAGAGCCGGGAAAUGAUCCCGACUUAAUCAAAAUUCUCAUACUCAGAGGUGAAACAGAUGUGAAAAUUUCACAUCAUAAUUAUAAUGUACUGCAAUUAUCCUGAUAAUUUUUUCCCCCCCAAAACAUAAUUUAGGACUCCUGAGUCCAAAAAUCACACCGGUUUCUUUGAAGUGGCUCUAGUUUUUGAGAUACCAAUAUUUUUUAACGUUAAUUGAUAAUAAUGCGCUUUGACGGUUUAGGAAAUGUACAUUGGCGGUUAUUAAAAGUAGUGUUUGGGCUUUGGCGUCAGUGGUUUUUGCAUUCGUUCACUGUUAAUAGUGCUCAAUUUUCAGAAUGUUUGUUUGAUUUCCUCAACACAACAAUUUGCUUUCACACGUACAAGCACCGAAAGAAUUCCAAAGUAGAUUUUGUACAUUGGAGAUCAUGAACAGCAUUAACCAAAAUGAAGUUUCAUGCAGGCAAACAAAAAAAGUUGCGUUGGAGCGCAGUAAUGCUCCACAUAUUUGCGGGACACAUGUUCACCUAAUGGUGGGGGUUUUUUUUCCUCCUUUGUGUGCUUUCUCUGAAACGCCUUGAGAAGCACAAGAUGCCCCCCCCCAAGUCCCGUUGAAAUACACAUUGGUGUCAAGGACCCGUAUUGUCCAACAAGGCACCACUGUGUGCUGAAGUGAUACCUCUUAACUAAGAGACAAGCUUUGUAUGUCGGGGAGGAGCUGAGUUUGCCUGGGUUGUUAGGGCAAAUUACGGAGAGUAUGUGCAUGUGCGCAUUUUUCAAACUAAUCUGUUUUGUUGUAAAGGGACUUUGUCAUUAAACUGUUUUGGGAUCAAAGAUUGUGCUACAGUAGAGUUAUUGUUUAAACUCUUGUGAUGGGGGGGUUAAUUACCAUACUUGCAUUUUUUCCCUAUUCACAGUAAGGAUCGCUCUGCAAAAAAAACAAAUAAUAAUAAUUAAAUGGGUGUUUACUGUACAAUUUUGGAUAGCCUUUCCGUGUUUUCCGCCCGUCUCGGCAACGUUUGACAUUUUUUCCCUGCAUUCUCAGCCGGCAUGUUGAUCAUCGUUUAUUAAUUCCUCAUCGACAGUCUUGGAAAAAUCUCAAUACGCCCACACUUCUGCUCUCAUUUCUUUAGGUAACGAAAUGUCAUUUUCUGUCGCUCUUGUAAUGGUCUUCUAUUUCCAUUAGUUUUCUGUUGUGACGUGCAGUCCUGGAAAGGGUGAAGCGGGAAAAACAAGUACGACUCUCAUGCGUGCUAAAUACGGCAAUGACGAGAAUUGUCC